GUCAGUGUCCACAGGUCUCUGCUGAAGGAACCGUGGGAGCCCUGCCUCACUCGAGCCCGUGGAGCUGGGCCGCGCUGACCCGCCCGCCCGCCUACGUCUGGAGGGCAGCGGACCCUGACUUUGCGGGGCUAGGCCCUGACUCUGACCCAUCCAUACCCCUCCCUGUCACGUCGGGUCGUCGGAGAGAACAAAGAAGGGAAACCAUGCUAGAUGAAUUCCGAAUUCCAAUCUGAGCAUAAACCCGCAAGGGGUCUCUUUGUUCAUUUGCCUUGUUUUGCCUACAGAACCACGGGGAGCCUAAAGUUCCCAGCACGAUUUUGAUUUGUUUCUGAACUAAUUUUCUGGAAAAAUAGUUUAUUAUGUCUCUCCAAAAAGCAUCCGGAACUUCGCUGAACUCCCCGUCAACAUCUGAGGUCAAACAGUCAAAACUUUCUCUAGUCAAGGAGGAGACCAAAGGACUUCCUGAGCUAAAGGAGAGAAAAGUCAUGCUGGACCAUCUCAAACCCCUUCCUCCUUCCCUUCCGAAUGAAUUCAUCCCAGAGGAAGUCCUUCUCUCUCUGAACUAUGCAGCCAAUGCUGGCCCAUGUCCUGAAAACUUAUUGCCUUCUAAGAAACUUAAAGCCCCAAAGGGUGCUCUUCCUCGCAUUGUAGACCGUGUCUGGCAGCACCCUGUGCGAAGGAAUAAAUUAAAAUAUCUGAUUGAUCAUCCUGUUUCCCUAACCGGAGCUGGAAGGGAUAUUUCUUUUCUGUAUGAUGUUAAAUAUGUAAAAGGCGAGGCCAAGGAGAAGAAACUUUGUCCCCCAAAUUUAAACAGGUCACUGCAGCCACAGGACAGUGCCAUGGUGCCUCACAGUAACAAGAACAGAAAGCAAAUACAGUCUUUGCCAAAAUAUCACAAGAGUUCUCACCGUAUCACAGUUGCUGAUAUUGUUUCUGCUCUGACCCCUCUUGAUCUGAUCCUCCACAGUCCUCAUAGCUCUUACAAAUACACCACCCUGCUGACAGACAGUGAGAACAGGCUGCUGCUCUUCCCGUCCAUGAAACCCAAUAAAAGAGUAGAAGUCAUCCAGCUGGGUGAUGUGAUGGACACCAUGCUGGAGCGGGCUGGAGUAGAAAGUGAGGAGCAUGCAGGGCCAACCAAGAUGCACCAACUCCUACAUGUGUUGAAAAAGGAACAGACCAUUUACAACACAGUAUUUCAUGAACUAAUCCGACAAGUCAGCGUGGAUUGUAUAGACAGAGGAGAGCUACUAUCCAGAAUCAGAGAGAAAUAUGUGCAAAUGCUUGACCAAAUUGCUCGGCAGAUGAUUGAUUUCUACAAAGACUUGGUAACUCAGCGGAUGAUGGACCAGCGCAUCUUAGAAGAACUGUAUAACUUCAAGAAUGUGAUUGAGGAGUUGACCAGGGAACUUUGUCUGGUUCGGGCCCAUGACAACAGAUUAACAAAGGAGGCAGAGAAGGCCCAGAAGGAUUUGGCAGAAGCUAUUUUGGAAGCAGAAAAAAAUGCAAAAAUAGUAGAAGAUUACCAUGACUUAUAUACAUUACAGAGAGGGAGGAUGGAGAACGACAUCAAACUGCUGAUGUCAGAAAGAGACAUUUGGAGCUCAGCCACAUACGAAUUGGCGCUAAAGGUAAUCGAAAGAAAUAGAGUCAUACUGGCUAAAAAACUCUACCUCAAUGAAAAAGGCUGGAAUAAAUAUGCCAAGCAUUUCAUUAUAAUGCUGUCAACUAAGGACACUGCAGACCUUGCAGUGCUGCAGAAGUUGACAGAAAAAUGGAAAAGGUUAGUGAACAGAUUUAAGCAGGAGGUGGAACACAUGGAGGAAUCCACAAAGGAAAAAUCCCAAACUGUGAAAGCUGGGAUUCUCAAAUGGCAGCAGUUCUUCAGUGCUAACAUCGGAAAAGAGAUUGUAACCCCUGGUAAGAAGAACCCUUUCACUUCAAUCCUUAUCGACUUCAAGGAGUUUUAUAGGCUGAUGAGUGAGGAGAAAGAAAAUUUUACAGGGGAUUCUCUGCUGGCCAAAUACGACUCUCUCAAGAUCAUUAGGCGCUUACAGGAGAACUGGACAGACAUUGGGUUUGCGAUAUUUAGUCGCCAUAAGAACAUGGAUGGGGUGUUGCCCCCAGAGCACGAGUACAUGGAAGAAAUGAUAAAAAACAUUAGCAGGCUCUACAAAGAGUACGAAAUAAGAAUAAAUGGUGACAACGAGAAAGCAAGGAAAUUAGAACACAAGCUCACCAAAGAAGCGCCCACUGGGCACAGAGGCUCUUACUGCAGCGUUUACUUGCAGACACUCCAAGGACAUAUAUUUGACAUGAUUCACCAAUGGCUUUUGAAGAUAAACAAUGAAAUCACCAAUGGUAACAUUGAACUUCUUCGACAUAUGGAUGAAUUGCAUAUAGCUAUGAUCCAGUGGAUGGUAAAUUUGCUGACCGUAAUGCUUCCUGACUUUUCUGACCAAGACACUCUCCCAAAGCUGGAUGAAGAGGAUCUAGAGACCAAAAAGGAACGUGAAGUAGGAGUCGCAGAAUUAGAGUUAAAUGCAAUUUCACUGGCCAAGCGUUUGGCACGCUACUCCGCCUACUUAUACAGUUGCUGCAUAGGCAUGGUGAGAGCGAUGGUUCUGACUAGAGCUGCUCACUUACAGAAGAACCCUGCUAAGGACCUUCAGGAGCUGGAUAAGAUGAGGAGAGAAUGCUACGACUGGAUCAGCACCUGUUCGCACCUCCUUUCUGACAUCAAAGGCAGGAAAAUACGAUUACUGAAAUAUGAGGAAGCAGAGCAGCUGCUUGGGGAAGAGGAAGCUACAAAAAUUUAUCUUGACCCAGACAAACCUUUUAUUGGUGAUGAUGACGAUGAUGAAAUUGAGAUUAAGGAGCCUAAAAUUCAAGAAAAGGAGGAAAAAGAAGAAGUAACAAAACAGGAACCUUCAGUUUCUACAGAAAAUGAACAAACCAUUCGAUACAUUGGGAGAGAUGAAAAUAUUCAUUGCAAACCUCUGCUUGAAGAAGAUAUAUUUUCAUCCUGGCGAGAACCAGCUAGCAAAGGUGUAUUGGAGCCGAAGUACCUUGAAGUAAUGACUGUAAUUGAGCACAUGCAGGAGAAGCUUAUACAGAUUGACAGCAGAGCCAGACAGGCAGAGGAGAAGUUUGACGAGGUGAAUGAGAAGCUUCAUCACACUCUCAUAAAAAACAGAGAUCUAGAGAAGGAAUUAGAAGAAAUGACCAAGAAAGCCAGAAAGGACUCACGUGUAAAAAUAGAAAGCCACAAGGAGGGAGAAGAGGAGGAGGAGGAGGAGGAAGAGGAAGAGGAAGAGGAACAGGAAUCUGAACAAAAAGAGGGGAGCCAAGAAGGAGAGGAACACAGACAAGGGAAAAAAUCCCCAAAGCAUGCAAAGAAAGAAGCACAGUCCAAGGAUGAUCCUUCUAGGCCUGGAAGCCGAACUAAACCUAAGCCCAAACCCAAAUAGCUUCCUUAAGAGCCUAGGGGUCACAGUGGCCAUGCCCCUGAGCAUGUGGAGAUACUGCUGAGCUGUGGAGUUGGCAACACAGCUCACACCAACAGACUCCCUAGCAACAGCCAUUAGAAAAGCCAUGCUAUCCAAGCCAAGAAGAUGUUUCUUUAGAAGCAUGGCAGAGGCCAUAAGGAUUCAUAUGUGAGUUUACUUGCCAGAUUAAAAACAGUCUAUGCAAAAGUGUGUAGGCCUCUUCAGUUGCUUUCCCGAGAGUUCUGUGAAAAGUGUUCGUCUCUAUGAAGAAAAUGCUGCAGCAACUCAGCUCGGGUGGAAGGAAGCAGGAAGUCUUUGACUCAGCAGAGAGGGUCCUGCUCAGCCACUUAGAUUGCAGCCACAGAUUUGAGUUUCCUGAUUUCAGGCACCCUAUGAUCUCUCUGGUCCUAACAAUCCUCUAGCUAGGUGUGGGGAGAGGCUCUUAAUCCCGUUUCUCAGAAAAUGGGACUGAGCCUCAGGAAGGUUAUCAGCCUUCCUGAUUCCACAGAUCUGGAUGGUGUCAGACUGCCCAGCCAUGGCGUCCAUGGCUUCCAUGGCUUCCAUGGCUUUCUGUGUUGCUGGAGGCUCUUCAGAGUCUCUGUGUUCUUUUUUUGACAACCUCAUCCAUUUGUACUUUCUAUGUCCCUAAGUCUAUACAGGCACGGAAGAUGGCCUUUCCUGUAAACGCACGCUGUGAAUGACAAAUGGAUACUGAGGCUGUUGCUCUGUGGGGCUCCUUACUACACGGCCUCUGGCCUGCUUGAGUCCUGAACCCAAGCAGAGGCUGGACCCUGGAAUUAAUCAGUGUAGGAAGAUCCAGCCCGCAACAGGCGACACCAUUCCCUAGGAGGGAAGCCCUGGACUGGAUGAGUG